AUACAGCCCCAGAAACCUAUCUGUCUUGAGAAUGUUGUUCACAACUUCGCUUCUUCACCUAGCAGCCAUCUUCUGCUCUUUGACUCUAGCGACAGCAUCGGCUGACUGUCUCUCAGAGCUGACUUACAACGAGUUUGCAUCAUUCAAUGGGGCACCCAUCACCUUCAAGUACGGAUUGCUCAACGCCACAGCCUGUGGACAGUACUGUGAGAGAGUCAAGGGAUGUCAGGCAUGGUCGUAUGUUGAAGGGGGCGGCGAAUGCGAUCUAUAUUCCUCACCAGCUCUGUCCACAACCGUCAUCCAUCAGUUUGCUCAUGGACGUUGUUCCGACAGCCCCGUUGAGCAGAAUUAGCACAUGGGAGUUGUUGUCGGGUUCUCCUGGAAGACAGCAGACAAAUCAGUAUCAUUGAUCUCGGAAUCGUGUCAAAGUCAUUCAAUUCCCCCCUUUCUGCGUCCUGAGUUGCGGAGCCCAUGGGUUCCUUCAUUGCAAAUUCUUUCUUUCAUGUUUCCUUUACGCUUUCUUUCGCUAGUUUCUAAGCAUGCUACCCUACUCAAUAAUCAUAUUCAAUGCCAUAGCGAUAGAUAGUACGACGC